CCUUAAUUGGCCUUUCCAACCCAACACUCACAAGUAGGCGCAAUGUGAAAAACAACUGAUUUAAGCAUUAAUAGCGAAGACAUGAGAUAAGUCACACUGAAAAGAUAGGUAGAUGUAUAAAAGGAUAAAUAUGUUUGGAGUACUUGUAACUCAAAUAAUAUGAUCAAUCUUUUUGAAUCAAAUGGGUCCGCUGAGAGUAAAUAGGUACUUUUAGUCCAUUGGCAUUUUCAACCCCACUAUAAAAGAGGAAGUACUACUCCUUUGAAUAACAUCUGCCUAGAGUAUCAAAGAGUCAUUUUUAGGACUUUGAAGCAACACAUCCUACUUCAUUAUUCUACUCAUAAUUACUCAAAAAAAAAAAAAGGAUUUGCUUGUGUAUCUUAAUUAGCUCCAAGGCAACAAUGAGUGGCUCAUCCGAUCUCAUCCCCAUCGUGAGCAAAAUAUUUUGCUCUUCUUCUCUAACAACGCUGACGGUCAGAAAGAGGCCUCGUGUUGUGAACGGGGGAGGCUUUGCGGUCACAGAUCGCCGUCCGAAGACUAUUUUCACCGUGGACGGUUGCGGCGUCAUUGGUAGCAAGGGCCAGUUGCUGGUGAGAGAUGAAGAUGGAGCUUCAAUACUCAGAAUUCAGAAGAAGGGUGGUGUAGUCCAAGCUCUGAGCACCGGCCAUCAAUGGAAAGGAUUUGCUGACAAUCAAGGCACAAACAAGUUGGUGUUUAGUCUCAAAGAGUCAAGAGCAUGUUUUGCUAAAAACGAGAGGAUCAGGAUCUGCACUGAGCCUAGGAGCAGCCACAGAGACUGGGAUUAUGAAGUUCAUGGAUCGUUUCCAGAUAAAGAUUGCAGCAUCAAUGAUCGUAGAGGCGCCAUUGUCGCCGAGGUAAUUGUGAGCGAGAUGAUGGAGAGCAAAGAAAUCUAUCAAUUGAUAGUGCGGCCGGGAUAUGACCAAGCGUUUGUUGUUGGAGUGAUUGCGGUUCUUGACAGCAUUCAUGGAGAGUCCACAAGCUGUUGACUGUAUAAAAUCAGAAGACUUAAUGUACUGAAACUGGCAAACUCUAUGUGACUAAGACUUAAUUUGUAAGAUGAUUAGCUAGUUAAGAUGGUUGGUUGUUUAUUAUUAA